AUGUUCUCAGCAGUCGACGUCUCGUACAAGUUCAUCGCCCGCACUAUCAAAGACGAGCCGGUGAACGAAAUUAUGCAGGCACACGCCAGACUGAUCAACAUCGCCGUCAAGUCGAUGGGCGACGCCCAGCUCUCACACAAGCCCAUCUUCGCGAGCCUGGGCCCGGACAGGCCGCGCGAUCCGCAUCCGCUGUGCCUCACUUUGCAAGAUGCGACCAGGCUUGCCGAGACAAGCGGCAAAGACAUGCUGGUCCUCAUCCUGACAACGGAGGCGACUUAUGGCGAGUUUCCGGAGCCCGGUGCCGUCGUACUGCCUGAUCCGGCAAUUUUUAGCCGAGGCAACACGUUCCGUGGGGCUGCCGAGCUGCAUUCGACGAAUGCGCAUUAUUACGUCAGCAUGAAAAUCAUCCAGCGAUGCCCGGAUGGACGAUACGGGUAUCUAUGCCAGACCCUCUGCCCGUGUGCGGCUAACUGGCCGUGUUCCGUCGAAUUCGGCGUGUGCGUGCCGCAUCCCACCCCGAACGCCAUCAAGGCCGAAAACGGGUGGCUCUUUCUGUUGCUCGGGCUGGCCGCCGUCUGCUGCUUCUGCGUGGUGAUCAUGGGCGUCUUCGGCGUUAUGGUCAAGAUUCUGAAGAAGAAGCGUGCCCACCGCUCGCGACACCAUGAUAGCCCUUCGACCGAAGAUGAGAGCAAGGAGCAUCGAUCGAAGAAGCAUAAGAAGCACAAGCGGAAGCGAAGGGACCCCACUGUCUCCGAAGAAACCGGUGGCACCACCGAGGAUAUCGCA